AGGAGCCAGGCAAGAAAGUAGCAGAAAGUGAGGCUGGCAGGCGGCGGCAGAGGCAGGAAGUCUGUGCCGGAGAGCAGUAGAAAUUAGAGCCAGGGAGGGACCGCGGCGGCAGCAGCCAAGGCGAAAGAGGAAACUGCUGAAGAGGAAGCUCUGCGGCAGCCCGAGCCUCCCUGCGCUCCGCAUCCUCCAGCUCCGCAUCCCCGUGCCCGGCAUCCCCGGCGCCCGCGCCGCGCCGCGCCUCCGGCGCCCCUUCCCCAACGCAACGCCCCCAGCCGCCCUACAGUAUUAGUCUGCCAUGGCUCGGGAGAACGGCGAGAGCAGCUCCUCCUGGAAAAAACAAGCGGAAGACAUCAAGAAGAUCUUCGAGUUCAAGGAGACCCUCGGAACUGGGGCCUUUUCUGAAGUUGUUUUAGCCGAAGAGAAAGCGACUGGGAAGCUCUUCGCAGUGAAGUGCAUCCCGAAGAAGGCAUUGAAGGGCAAAGAAAGCAGCAUCGAGAAUGAGAUCGCCGUGCUCAGGAAGAUUAAGCAUGAAAACAUUGUUGCCUUGGAAGAUAUUUAUGAAAGCCCGAAUCACCUCUACCUGGUCAUGCAGCUUGUGUCUGGUGGAGAACUCUUUGAUCGGAUAGUGGAAAAGGGGUUUUACACAGAGAAAGAUGCCAGCACCCUCAUCCGCCAGGUCCUGGACGCUGUGUACUAUCUCCACAGAAUGGGCAUCGUCCACCGGGACCUCAAGCCAGAAAAUCUCUUGUACUACAGCCAAGAUGAGGAGUCCAAAAUAAUGAUCAGUGACUUUGGCUUGUCGAAAAUGGAGGGCAAAGGAGACGUGAUGUCCACGGCCUGCGGGACCCCAGGCUAUGUUGCUCCAGAAGUUCUCGCCCAGAAACCAUACAGCAAGGCUGUCGACUGCUGGUCCAUCGGGGUGAUCGCCUAUAUCUUACUCUGUGGUUACCCUCCGUUUUAUGACGAAAAUGACUCAAAGCUGUUUGAACAGAUCCUCAAAGCAGAAUAUGAGUUCGAUUCCCCGUACUGGGAUGACAUUUCCGACUCCGCCAAAGACUUCAUUCGGAACCUGAUGGAGAAAGACCCAAAUAAACGAUACACCUGUGAGCAGGCAGCUCGACACCCCUGGAUCGCUGGUGACACAGCCCUCAGCAAAAACAUUCACGAAUCUGUCAGUGCCCAGAUCCGGAAGAAUUUUGCAAAGAGCAAAUGGAGACAAGCGUUUAAUGCCACGGCUGUCGUGAGACAUAUGCGGAGGCUACAGCUCGGCAGCAGCCUGGACAGUUCAAAUGCAAGUGUCUCAAGCAACCUCAGUUUGGCCAGCCAAAAAGACUGUCUGGCACCUUCCACGCUCUGUAGUUUCCUUUCUUCUUCGUCGGGGGUCCCAGGAGUCGGAGCUGAGAGGAGACCCAGGCCCACCACUGUGACAACAGGGCACACUGGAAGCAAGUGACCGGGCUCUGGAUGUGGAACCCAGGGGGCGGGGCCGGGGAAGGAGAAGCCCCUGGCCGGAGCAGCUCCUGCAUCAGAAACCCCACCCACCCUGCAUGGUGCGCCUGCAUAGGACUGGAAGACAGAAGUUUUUUAUGGCCAUAUUUUAUACUGCAAUUCUGAUAUGUCCAUUUCUCACAAACUGUACUGACUGAGUCAAGGGGAGCUGGCGUCACAGGAUCUGGUGCUGUAUAUACGAAUCUUGCAAAGCUCUAACUGAAUGGACCUUUUGCUCCCCUCCCCCAACCCCACCACUUCCGCUCUCUCAGUGUAGGCAGCCGUCUAGGGUGUAUUUUUUUCAUGAAACAAAAAAAAUCAAGGUUUCAACUGGAUUAUUUAAAUAUUGGUAAAUGUUGUGCAUUAGGAAUUAUUUUUUUCUUUUGAGAUGUGUCUUUUUGAUCUCUGUUAGUUACAUGACCUCUAUCAUUUGCUCUUUGAUAGCGGUUUUACGUUAACCUUUAAGAGUUUUUUUUUCCCCUCCCAGAAGGGUUAAAAGGUAUUUUUUAUGAAUUCUAAGAGGAUCGAGAAUCUGCGUCCACUGCUAAGAGUGCACAUUACUUGUGUUCCUUCGUUCCCAGUCCCUUCCUCCAGAGGUCACCCCAGCAGCUGCGCUGGCUGGCUUCUUGCAGGGUGGCUUUGGCAGGGAACUGGCAGAAAAGCUUACAGGCAGCUUCCCUUGAGAACUGCUUACCAACCACAGAAGAAAUACUUUUGUUUCCUCCACUCUGAACUCCAGGCUCCACAUUACAGGUGAACUGUACUCCAGGAACGGGAUCCCCACAGUGCCAAGACUUAGGAGCCUCCCUUGUGGAAGGGAUGGACUGCCAUCUUGUUUUUUAAAUGAACCACACACAGCCCUCAGUUCUCAUGGGGGAUGAUGGAUGAAACUCUGUUCUCAGCUAUGCACUUUCAAAACGACUCUCUUUAUCUGUUUUAAAUUCUUUUUAAAUUCAUUUCUAAUAGUACCCUUCAAAUGGCCUAUACCACACACUUUCCCCCAACAUUUUUACCCUCUUCUCUCGUGAGCAUUACCCAAGAGAGGGGACAGAAAUGGCCUUGAAGAAGAAACCUUUUAUUUUAGGUGGAAAGGAAAAACAUACCAAGUGAGGAGAAUACUGCCCACCCCAGAGAUGGCUGACUCAGCAAGAUCCAGCUUGUUGGUACGCAAGCCUUCCCUUACAUCAGAGGAAUCUGAAACGAAUGGUACCCAUGGUAGUCAGGCUAUUGUGCAUCUUGGUUUAACAGGGACUGAAGGAUUUUCCGGGAUGUGGAACUUGAAGGCUAAAAUCAGGACUGUCCUGUGAAAACCGGUCCGUGUCACUGACCUGCACAGAGGCUAGCUAUGCAGGGCGAGCAUGCACAGAGCACAGUCCAGGGCAAACGUUCCCCAAGGAGGCUCCCAUUGCCCAGGCAGUUGGAUCAAAGGCCAGUUUUGCCAACCUUCCCCUUCAGUUCUCAUGUCUGUCGGGAGCCUGAGCCUCAUCUACAGUCAGCUGUAACCUGCCAAGAUGAACUGUGACAGGAUUCCCUCAUGGCUCAGGGGCUGACCUCUCAGGCUGGUUUCCUCAUGCCCUUGUUACGUACUUGCCAGCCAUAGAAAUUCCCGCUGGACAAGUAAGACAUUCUUGUCACCCCUCUACUUUGCCCCCAGCCCUCUCUAGCACGCGCGCGCGCGCGCACACACACACACACACACAAACCAUGCACGUACACUGUGUUACCAGGCAGACAGCUGAGGCUCCCCAAAUGACCAUAUGCAAGAUAUACAAGAGCAGUUUCCAACUCAGACAUGUGGUCUACCCUGUUCUCACGUGUAUCAAAUACAUACAGAACAAGUGAAUAGUAAGCCCUAGUACAGGUAUCGACCUUGUAAUCAACCAUGCUUGAUUCACCACAAUGCUUGAUUGACACAUCAGGUCUCCAUGAACUUGUGUAAGGCGGUAAUGGCCAGUGUCAGCCCAGUAGUAGGCAAGGUUGACCAUGCUAUCAGGAAGCCCGUGCGUGACAUCAUUUCCUACUGUUUUAAAAAAAGGUGAAAAUAAGUGCCACAGGGAAGAGUCUUCUGUUCUGAGAAGGUCAUCAUGGUAGAAAGAAAGAUAAAGUUUCCACUUGGUAGUAUAUAAUAAUUUAUGAGAACACAGAAUGGACUUAGUCUUAAGACCUGGAAAAUGGGGUGAUAGAAUCUCAGCUCCCUCCCUCUUUUCAGAUUCCAGUGACCUAAGCUGAGAAAUGCAGUACCAGUGUAAUGAUUGAGUGUACCAGUAUGCUUGACAGCAUCCUGUGACCACACAGAACCCCCUCUCAGACUACAUUCUAACACCAGGUUCUCCCUGCCACGUCCGUUAUAUUGCCUUUUCACGUUUGCUAGGCAAAUGGACAUGCAUAUCCUCACUUGGUUAUGAAAUAUUGAAAUAUUUCCAGACUAGUCUUUCCCUCUGCUUCCUGCCUGUCUUUCCCUCCCUUUCCUGCCCUUUAACUAUUCUUGAGGCAGAAAGGGCAGCUCAUACUCAUCCAAAACCAAUGGUGAAUGGAAGCUAUCACAGUCUCAACAGAGCCAAUAGCUUCUCAUUUUAAAGCAAGGGAUCUCUAGAGUUUGGAGCUUUGUGUCGGAGUUAGGAAACAACAGAGGCAGUUUAGAGGCUGGAGAGGCAUGGAAUGCCACAGAAUCCUUGAGGACAUGGAGACUACAGUGGCGGAGACAGCAAUCCCACUGUUAUAGGUAGCCUUUGUAAUAAGCCCCAGCAAGUUUUUACUCCUUCCCACUGCUUCUAACCCCAAAGGGACUCUGACUCCGAAAGAUCAGCUGGCAUUCACAUCUCUGUGUGAAAGAAAUGGACUAUGGAGAAGGUAUUUAAACAACCCAAAAGGUCCCUGCCGUUCACCUUGAUUCUGGGUCACUUCUCAAACACUAUCUUGAGUCUCCAGCCAUACCACUUCGAUUAUGCCCAAUAUCGUUGAAUAUUCCUCCUUAAGAAAAUAGCCACCUCCACUUACUCGCACACCAACUGCUGUCUAGAGACACUGCCUCCCUUCAGGUAUCUCUAAAUGUGGUAUCUGGAAACACAGGAGUCGGCUCAGUGAGUCCCGGAUUGUGUUUACUUGUUUAUGCUUUUUGUUUCUAUACUUCAGUACUGAAUAGCUUGUCGAUGGCAGAGAGAAUUGGCCUUUACACCACAGGCCAAGAACAGCAUGAACACAGGAGAAGAAACCAGUUGGUCCUCUCUUAAGAGUUUUCCUAUAGGAUGCAAAACUUGAUAUGGUCAGAGCUCCCAGGUUUGAUGGGUUUUUGAGUAUGUUUAAAAAGCAAGAAAAACCCGCCCAGUGGAAAUGGCUGGGGAUUUUAGAGUCCUAGGUAUCAUAACCCUUUGGCCUACUCAGAACUGUGGCCAAAGCUGAGGAAACCUAACUGAGGAAACCAAACAGGUGCCAAUACUCCAGGUGGCAGACAGGAAGCCUAGGGGCAGAGCCUCUCUGCCUUGCAGGAUUUGUAAAAGUGCUGUGCUGGGUUUUUCUGGGCCAUGAGGAAUGAAUGUGAGGACGGGUGAAGAACAGCCCAUUCCAUUUCUCAUAACCAGGAAUCACGUACUCCAGGAUUGCAUAACCACUUACUUCCAGCAAGUGAAACGUUGGGGGAGGGUGUGGGGAGCCUUGCAUGUCCUCCAAAAUCAGCACUAGGUCCCCAUCCCUUCUCAAACUCCAACAAUUUCCCUUUUCCUUAACCACAUUCCAGACCAAACACUGUUCAGUUUGUUUCCAAAAUUAAAAACCAGUGUAUAUAUCCAUAUGUAGUCCACUGCUCUUUAGAGGGUUUCCUGGUCCUAGGGUGGGGCUGCAGGCUUAAAAGGUAUUCCAAUCCUUUGGUUUUCAGAAUUGAAAGUUUUGAGGUGGUUUGCUUGCUUGGCUGUUUUUUUUGUUGUUUUGUUUUUCAUGCUAAGCUGGGGAAAUAGAUUUCAGAAAGCAAACUUACUUCCUGGUCACUCCACAAAAAUUUGUGUGCAGGCGAGUUAGUUUGAAGUCUUCAACUCUGGGAAGCAGGCAGGUCUAAAAGAGGAGGAAGAAGAGGAAAGGCCACAUCCCAUCUACCAGGUCCCUUCUCGGUGGUCUCAGUGCAUGAACGUCUGUCUGCAGCUCUGGUGUGUGCACAGGAGCACUAACCCCACUGUGAAGAUGGCCCUGCAUGCUGGCCACAGCCUGGCCUGCCUUCUCCCAGCAAAAUCUUCGUAAUCAUCAGGGAGGACUUAGCCCUGCAGAGACUUCCCUGAAGACUGCGGUGGGAACAGCUCAGCUUGUGGCUUUAUGGGUUCUACUUUGGCAAACCCAAAGGCUGUGCAUUUGGAAGCCAAAUAUUCAGUUCAGCAUGUGGCUGCUGAGUCUGGUGUUGUGGACAAAGCAAACGGCCAUGGCUUCUCUUGUGUCUGUAUUUUUCUAAGCCAAAGGGACAAACUAUUGCAUUGACGCCCCGCCCCCUGUACUAAAGCUGCUUCUGCAUUCUCCGUGCCCAUCCUUAACCUUUUUUUUUUUUUUUUUUUUGUCUCUGGGGGAAUUUGUCAUAUAAUUACUAUGUUCUCUGAUGAUUUACCAAACUGCGUUGCUUAUAGAUGAUUUUAUUUUCCUUAUGGAUGGGAAAAAGAGAAAACAAGAGACAUCUUUGAGGCUCUGGUCAAAGACAUCACUCAAAAGUUCCGAACACUAGUUAACUUGCUUCUCAAUAGGAAAAGAAUCUUAAUUUGGAUAGAUGAGGAUUCUGAGGUCCUCCUGGAUAACCCUGCACUUUGGAAGACAAUGCCCUGGGGCAGAGCUGUCAGUCAGGCUACAAAAGAGGGAGAGAAAAGAGACUAGAACAUCAUCUCGGGUGUUUGUCCCUCACUGCAGAAGCUGCAUCUCUCCUUGGCACUUGGCCACUUCAGGGCAAUGUAAGACUCCGUCCAGUAUCAUAGCAGCAUCUUCGGUUUGAAUGACAGGGUCGCACGCUUCAGAGAACAUUUAUCUUAGCCCACAUUUGGGUGAAAAGACACCAAAGGUAUAUUCUGCCCAGAGCAUCCAUUGGAAUAAUGUCUAAAUUGGCUUCUGUGGCUAUUUAUACAUGAUAUAAUUGACCUCCAAUCAGCUCUCUCCAUGACGGGCAUGUUUUCCCAACAGUUUCCAUCAAGUCUAGGAUUGGCCCACUCAUUAUUACCAGGCUUGCAAUUGGUUUGGUUUUUUUUUUUUUUUUCAUUAAAAA